UUGGCGCCCGCGCAAAUGUCACUUGUGCUCUCACGGAGGCCUGGGGGCCUUUCUUCUGCCUGGGAGGAGGACGGAGAGGCCUGCGCCAUGCUGAGCAGCUCCGCCGACAUCGCCAGGAAGCGGCGUUCUUACCAGGGAGGGAGCCGGGUCUCCCAAGCCCAGCCCGGCUCCCUCUCGACGACUCAAAGGGAAAAGAGGCCCAACAGCGUAGUUGUGCAUUGUUCAAGCCCUGAUUUGAGGGAAAGCAGCAUCAUGGAUACAAAUGAUCUGUGCAAGGAAUCCCCCCUUCCCAACCCAGAUAAGAUAUUAGGCCACUGCUUUAAACAAUUCAAACUCAGAGAAGCCUAUCCACAUUUUUUCUUUAAAGUGAAAAAAAGUCGGUUUGGCCCACCCAGAUCCAGACGCCGCAUUUUCAUUGCCCCACCAAUGAGAGGAAAAGCUCCUUUCAAGCCCACACUUCAGCCCCACAUGCCCUUCGACCUGACGGGGAAAGCUCAAACCUUGGAAUUCCCUCUAGAGGACGAUAUCUCUUCGGAAGAAGAUGACAUACAAAAACUGGAUGCUUGGAUUGAGAAGAGGAAACAACUAUGGGAUCUUCUGAACUGUUGUGUGAAUCUAGAGGAAUGGCUGAAUGCCAAGCAACCUGGAACUGAGCUGGAAGCGAGUGUCUUAGGCAGAAUAAAAGAGGACAAAGAACCAAAGGAGGUUAAAAUGGAACCUGCAUUAGAAGCUGUGAAAAGUAUUGAGCACCUGAUGCCAAAGAGACCAAAAAAGAAAGCCAUUCCUCUUAUCACAAUGCCCUAUCCUGAGGCCCUCAAGACACUGCAGAACCUUCUACACAAGCAGAAACAGAAGCUCGUGGACAUCUUCAACAAAGCUGACAGGUCCAACACAAUGAAGUUCAAGAGAGCUGAUAUCAUCAAAAUAAUCCAAGCGACCAACGUGCCUAUCAGUCAAAGGGACCUGGAAGAUAUAGCCAUCUACCUCACCUCUUUACAGAAAGGGAAUUGUGUCUCCGGCGAUGAACUGGCAGAGUGUCAGAGAAUAUGGAUGGAGAGCUUAAGAGACCAGUGGAAAAGAACUAAAGAGACAAAACCAGAUACCAGAGGGCCCUGUGUCUCCAAAGUAUGUUCCUGUGCUCAGAGCAAGAGCAAAUUUUUAUUGCGUCAAAUGGACUAUUUGGAAGUUCCUCCUAUCAACACUGAGCCAGACCGCAUGCACCUCACCUAUAGUCAAAUGGAAGUGGUUGGGAAGAGAUACAAGGAAAUGAGACGGAUGCUAAAGAGGAAAAUCGACCCCCUAGACUUUGCAGAACAAUGCCGAAUGGUGAAAACCGGGGACCGGGCAGUGGACGGACACUGCUUGCCAAGUACUAUGGAAGGCGAAGUGGGGGAGCUGGUGGACAAACACCGCCUGGCUUGCCAUCUGGUCUGGACUCAGUGUGUCAAGCGUUGUAGGAAAUUAAGAAUUCCAAUUUCUGAAAAAGCGCUGAAGAAAGGUCUCUUGUACCCAGGAGAUAGAAUCCUAAGAGAAGAAAACCAGUUCCGGAAGAUGAGGCAACCUGGGGGUUACUAUUCUGCUUCUUUUCUUCCUGAAUCAUCAUCAUCAGAUGAAGAAUCACGAAGCACUUCUCCAAUUAAAAGGGGAAAGCCUAAGCUGACGGAUGAAAAGGAAGACCUCAAAGAGGAGAAGAAUCUGAAAUACCGCUGGUUGUCAUAUGCAGAAUUUAGGAAAUUAAUGAGAAACCGCUCAAAAAGAAUUCUUCCUCCAGUGAAUUUCUGGAAACAUAGAACCAUCUAUGAAAACAUACUAGAGACACCAGAAAUGGUUGAAGAAGAAUACAUAGAAAGGGAGCUGAUGAAAAUGUUUAACUUCCUGAAUCCUCUGACGGACCCCAAUAGCUUCUGGCCAGGGCAUCUUCUCGAUAAACUAUACUUUCCAGAAAUGGAGUACGAUGGCGGUCAUCCUCUGUUCCACCGUGUUUCUCGCAGGCUCCCAGUCUACCCCAGCAUUUACUCUCCUGACCGCAGCUGGCCAGUCAAUGACCAGGGCUACGUGACCUACGGAGACCCAGACUCUCGGAAGCAUAAUUAUUAUAUUUGAUAGUGUUUAGAGACUUUUGACAAUACUGUACUAACAUUUCUUGAGUUGCAACUUUGGAACUGCUGUAAAAAGGCAACUUUUGAAGCAAAACAAGGUGAUUGAAAGUGUGGGGGAAAUCAUUUUGGAAAAUAUAUGGAAAUAAAAAAAGAGGUUUUCUGGCAGUCAGUAAACAUGUACUCCAGUUACCUUUUGCUACAUGCACAGUAAUACCAAAAAAAUAGUUGGUUACAUUACACAUUGAAUCUUUUACAUUUGCAAUCUUUAGGAGCCCGCAAUGGCGCAAUGGAUUAAGCCCUUGUGCCGGCAGGACUGCUAACCUGAAGGUUGGGUUGCUGACCUUAAGGUUGCCAGUUUGAAUCUGGGAGAGCGUGGAUGAGCUCUCUCUAUCAGCUUUAGCUCCAUUUGGGGACAUGAGAGAAGCCUCCCACAAGGAUGGUAAAAACAUAAAAACAUCCAGGUCUUCCCUGGGCAACGUCCUUGCAGCCGGCCACUUCUCUCACACCAGAAGAGACUUGCAGUUUCUCAAGUCGCUUCUGACACACACACAAAAAUCUAUAUUUAGUUGCAUCUAGGCUCUACAUUUAGUGUAAGAUGUCUCAGAGAAAGCCACUUCUUGAAGUUUAAGUAAUAGCUCUCUGAAAAAUAUUCAAAUUUUAAUAUUAAAAGUUCUGAUAAAAAUAUAAAGUUAUGGUCAGCUGGGCAAAUUAACUAAUAGAGUUGGACUACAUGGGCCCAUCCAGUCCAACCCCCUGCCCUGCAGGAAAAGCACAAAGCACCCCCAACAGAUGGCCAUCCAGCCUCUGUUUGAAAGCUUCCAAGGAAGGCAUUUCCACCACACCUUGAGGCAGAGAGUUCCACUGCUGAACAGCUCGUACAGUCAGGAAGUUCUUCCUAAUGUUUGGGUGGUAUCUCCUCUCCUGUAAUUUGAACCCAUUGCUCUAAGUUCUGCAAGCAUCAAGAAAUUUUAGAAUGUUAAAUACAUGGUAUAUUAUGUCUGUGCAUUGAAAAUAAUAGUAUUGCAGUGGGUGGGUCCCCAGAUGUUUUGGCCUUCAACUCCCAGAAAUCCCAACAGUAGGUAAACUGUUUUUCUUUUUACAUUAAAAGUGGGGGAACAAAUAGAAUUUAGAAUAGUAGGAAUAUAGAGAUAGAGUAGUAAAAAAAAAGGAAAAAGGAAAAAAAACCAGGAGAUUUUAUGAGCUUCCAAUCUUCACCGAUGCUGACGAUGUCCUUGAAUUUUCUAUGUUUAUUUAUGCUUCCAUCUCUACUAUGAACUAUAUUAGCUAGUGAUCUUCUUAGCUAGGUUCAAAUAUAUAUAGAUCUUUUUAUUCUCUUUCCUCAAAAAAUUCUUAAAAGGCAACAAUCCGUCAUUUUCAUAGGUUUUCCUUGAUGUUGAGUUAACAAUUGCGUUAAGAGGUCUAUAUCCAUAAUUUCCAUUAUUCUCAGUAACCAUUCUUCCAUUGAUGGAAUCUCUUUUUGUCUCCAUUUCUUGGCAUAUACUAUUCUUGCCACUGUGGCCAAGUAAUUUAGGAGAGUUUCUUUGUUUGGAUCCAUCUUUAUAUCUAUUAUUCCCAGGAGGAAGUAUUCUGGUUUCAACUGUAUCUUGGUAUUCAAUAUUUUCUGAGUUAUUUUAUGAAUUUCUAUCCAAUAUUUUUUGGGCUUGUCACACGUCCACCACAUGUGGUAAAAGAUGCCUUCAUGAUUUUCGCAUUUCCAACAUUUAUUUUGAAGUUCUCUAUAGUAAUUUCCUAAUUUUUGUGGGGUGAUAUACCAUCUAUGCAUCAUCUUAUACCGAUUUUCUUUUAAGUCCAAUGAAUAAGUUUGUUUUAGUUUAUAAUUCCACAUGUAUUCCCAUUCCUCCAUCUUAAUCACUCUUCCUAAAUUUCCUAAACUGUCUAGGAUUACUGGAAGUUGUAGGCCAAAACACCUGGGGACCCACAGGUUGAAAAUCACUGGUUUAAAGAGUGAAAUAGCAGAUACUGGAGACAGAGGGAUAGGAUUUUAUCUCCAUGUGUUUAUGGAAGGAAAUAUCUAAAGAUAAGAGUAAAGCCACAACUCAGAAUAUUGACUUAGCAGUUUUACGCUGAAUCAAAGCAAUGACUCAGCAUUAUCUCAAACCUUUGAUCGUUUUCAUGAAUUUGUCAUCUUAGAUGUAAUUACUAUAAACUGGAAGAGUGCAGUGGGAUUGUCAGUAGAUUAAUCGAAAAACUAAUUGUGGAACAUGGCCUUAAUAGAAAAACUAAUGAACUAUGUAAAAAGUAUUAGAAGUAAUAGAGAGUAUGCCUUUUUUGAGCAACUAGACUACCCUUUAUUUCUUACAUUAGUACAAACAGAAAGACAUUUGUUCCUCCACUUACUUGUUUAGGUUGACAGAAUUAUGUAUUGUCAUGUGUGACGUGAUCAUUUUUUGGUACAGAUUUGUUUAAAUAAACUACUUCGUUUUGAUCUUCA